AUGCCUACGAAGGAGGAAUGGUCCUUGAUGAAUUGGAUGAGGGCAGAGAAUAUCAUAAGAAUGAGAGGUGUGGCGUAUGUCCAGCACCACACUUCGAGAUCGCGUUCUAGUUCUAUUUUUGUAGAUCGGAUGGGACCGGACUACUUGCAGCGAACAAGUUCAUGUGCUGUUAGUUGUCUUCCACAUUAUGCGGAGAGGGAAAAAAACCCUUCAUACAUGUCUUUUAUAAUCCAGCAAUACAAUACAAACCCAACAUUUAUUCUUUAUGAUUUGUUGGAUGCAUAUGGUGUGUGUCUCCUUUGGCCAAAGGCUGAAAAAUUGAGCAAUCAGAUAGCCUUAAAUUUGGAGAAAACGAAGCAGCCCCAGUUGACGCCUACGAACAUAAUCAUCAACAACAGAGACAAAACGGAAAGUCAGGACGAGAAACACAAGGAAAAGGAAUUGAAGAUGGUUUGCUUGGCGUGUUUGUUGCCUCUCUUCCUCGUUCCAAUCGUCAACAUUUUGCCUCUCCUCUUCGAUUUCAUUAUUGGAAAAGUGUAUAGAAUGUUGGGGUGGGAAUAUCGGAAGCCGGAGAGAGCACCCGCUGCUUGUCCCUACAAGCCUGCAGCCACCAAUCCCAAAACUACUGUUGCUAGAGAACCUAAUUCAGCAGCCCCUCUUUAUCCUGUCCAGAAAUCGGUAGGAGUCGACGAUGGCAAGCUUGAGUGACAGAUUCUCUGCGUGGACAUCAAAAUUGAAUGCUUUGUAAAUUUUCACAGCGAAAAGACAAUUUAUCUAGUUGUUGUUUGAGGAUAACGAUAUGCGAUGCUGUCAAAUUGUUUCUUUGUUAUCAAUAACAGGUUACUAAGGUGCGCUAUGUCUUUUGCAACUUUAUAUGCUUCUAACCUUCAAAACUGAAUUGGUAAUUGAGUGGGGGGCUUAUUACAUUAUUCCUAUAAAGUUUGAUCA